UUUUGUGUAUAUUUAUUUCAGUAUCUUUAUGGAGCUCACAUCGAAAAAUAGUGGAAAGAUUUUUUACUCCAAACAACUUACAAGGCGAAUUUAAUAUAUUUGUAAAACAAUCAUUAGCACUUAUGGACGAAUUAGAAGAAGUUGAAGAAAAUGGAAAUGAAAUUAUUCUUCUUGACUUUCUAUAUACAUGUAAUUUGAACAUUGCAAGUGAAAAUAUGUUGGGCGUCAAAUUGGAAUCACAAUUAUUAAAUCGAAUCUAUAAAUGUGCGACGAGCGUAAAGAAAAUUUGGAAUUAUAGAAUAAAUAACAUAUUGUUGCAUAUAAAUGUUAUAUUCAACCUUAGUACUACAAAAUGGAGACAGCAAAAACAAUUAAAUUGUGUUAAUUUGCUUGUGAAUGAGUUGAAGCAAAGGAGACAUGCAUUCGAGAAACGUGUGACAACCAAGUCCAACAGUGAGACAGUUCUUUUCGACAUUCUAUUGGAAGCAUGUCAUAAAGGAAGAUUAACUCAACAAGAACUUUGGGAUCAUAUGGUUACAAUGUUACUCGCAGCCACUGACACUACUGCCGUCACAAUAAAUUUUGUGAUUUUUAUGCUCGCAAAUUUCCCAGAAGUACAAGAAAAAGCGUACAAAGAAUUAUCAGAAAUUUACGGCAUUAAAUCUCCAAAAUCUGUACCAAUUAAAUAUGAUGAUUUGCAAAAAAUGAAUUAUUUGAACCGAGUUAUUAAGGAAACAAUGAGACUCUUUCCUGCUAUUCCUGUUGUUGCACGAUUUCUAACAGAAGACUUAAAGAUAGGAGAAACUAUUUUACCUAAAGGAGCUGAUGUAUUUAUGUCUAUAUUUCAUAUGCACCGAAAUAAGAAACAUUGGUCGAAUCCCUUGAUGUUUGAUCCAGAUAGAUUUCUCCCGGAAAAACAAAAACAUUGUUCGAAAUAUUUCAUUCCGUUUAGUAACGGACUCAGAAAUUGUAUUGGUCAGAAGUAUGCGAUGAUUUCUAUGAAAAUUGUUUUAGCAACAUUGAUACGCACGUUUGAAUUCAAAGUGAAUAAAAAUAUCAAAAUAAAUGACAUAAAACUUAAUAUGGACAUAUCAUUGUGUACUAUAGAUCCUCUGAAAGUUAAAAUAAAAAAAAGAGAUUAUUGAAUUUAAAAACUAUAACUAUUCAUGUUAAAAGAAAAUGUAAAUGAGAAAUUUGAGAAAUAAAGGGUGAAGGAUAUAUAAGUGAAUUAUUAUACAGACAGUACACUUUUUUGUUUAGUACAUUUCAUUAAGCAAAUGCGAGUAGUAUGUUUUACGAAAUAUAUAUGUA